AAAGUCAAAACAUACUAGACAUAUUGCACCUUAUAAUACGCUAUUUUCAGUCCAUUUAUCUAUAAGUAAUAAAGGAAAAGCAAGCAAAAUCGAGGGCUAAAAAAUGGCUUCAAGUGAAGCGAGUUUCUGGGCUGUCAUAGGUUUCCUUAUUCUCUUACAAGGACAUAAUGUGGCAGCUCAAGAUGAAGACAACAAGUUGCCGUUAAACAUUGGUGUUUUCGUCGAUCUGAGUACUCGAAUUGGGAGUGAGCAGAAAAUUGGAAUAGAGAUCGCAGCUGAGGAUUUCAACAAAACUUCUGAUAAGAUUAUGGUUAAGCUUCAUUUUCAAAGCUCAAGCAGUAGCAAACCCCUUCAAGAAGCGUAUUCUGCAAUUCAGUUGAUCAAAGAAAAGAAAAUGCACGCAAUAAUCACAGGAAGAGAUCACUCCGAAGAAGCAGCACUGCUGGGAGAUAUUGGGAAUCAAUACAAAGUGCCAGUUUUUUCAAUUUCAGCAAGUUUGCCAUUACAUGUGAAAACCCCAUCUUUCUUCGUGCAGAUGACCAACGAUUAUGCAUCGCAAAUGAAGUGUAUCACGUCAUUGGUUCAGAAUUUUGGAUGGAAGAAUGUGAUUGCAGUUUAUGAAGAUGAUGGAUAUGGUAGUACUACUUCUUCAAUGUUGGAUACUCUGUCUCUAAGUUUACAAGACAUUGGAUCACGGAUUGAAGAUCGCUUAGCCUUUCCUCCGGUAGCGUUUAUGCCCCAUCCCAAGGAAAUGAUAAGAGACGAGCUAAUUAAGGUGUUAAGCAUGCAAUCACGCGUAUUUGUUGUCCUCCACUCUUCAAUAACUUUGGCUCAUCAUUUAUUCAAAGAAGCCAAGAAUAUGGGGCUCAUGGGAAGAGAGACAGCAUGGAUAAUUUCAGACUCCAUUGGAAACAUUCUUGACACUCUCAACUCUUCUACAAUAUCACACAUGGAAGGAUUCUUGGGGAUUAGAACCUAUUAUGAUGAAUACAAUCAAAAUUUUACGAAUUUCAAUCGCAAGUUCAUAUCAAAGUUCGUACUACAAUAUCCAGAUGAUGCGAGUAUUCACCCUGGAAUUCAUGCUUUAAUAGCAUAUGAUACUAUGGCAACCAUUGGAAACACCUUUGAGAGUUAUAGGGUAAACCAUCUGGGAAAGAAGACAAUUUCAACAAACAAAUUGUGGCAUGAAAUGUCAUUGACUAAAUUUACAGGAUUGAGCGGCCAAAUUUCUAUACAAAAUGGAAGACUUGAAAAAGAUGGUACGGUUUAUAGAAUUGUAAAUGUGGUGGGUAAUAAGUAUAAGGAGCUGGAAUUUUGGACCCCUGAAAAUGGAUUUUUUAUGAAAUUUAGUAAUGGAAAAAAUGGUGAAAAUAGCAGUGGGGAUCUGAAUAAAAAGCUAAAUGGGAUGGUAAAUUGGCCAGGAGAUAUUAAGCAUAUUCCAAAAGGUUGGACAAUGCCAAGUACUGCAAAGCCCCUAAAGAUUGGACUUCCUGGUAUACCACCUUUUCAAAAGUUUGUUGUUCACUAUAAAGGGGAUAAAAAUAAGACUAUUUACACUGGCUUCAGCAUUGACGUUUUCCUCGAGGCAGUCAAGAUCGUCGAAGAAAACUAUGGUCUUCCUUAUGAGUUUGAGCUAUAUAAUGGCACCUACGAUGAGCUAGUUGAUCGUGUCAUUGAUAAGACCUACGAUGCUGUGGUAGGUGAUGUAACAAUACUGGCUAAUAGAUCAAAGUUUGUAGACUUCACACAACCAUAUACAAAACCAGGAUUAGUGAUGAUAGUGCCUCUUAAACCUAUGGAGUCUAACAAGGCUCGUAUGUUGAUGAAGCCUUUCAGUUGGCAGUUAUGGUUGUUUCUUCUUGGCACCUUACUCUAUAUUGUGUUUGUUGUUGGCUUGAUUGAGAGUCGAAAUACAAAUAAUUCUGAAUUUGAAGGUCGAUGGACUAAUCGGAUCAGUGUUGCCCUUUGGUUCACCUUGAGCUCCAUUUUCUUUGCCCAUAAGGAGAACAUUCGGAGCAAUUUGACGCGCAUGACUUUAGCAGCCUGGUUUUUCGUGAUAUUUGUAUUGAUAUCAAGUUAUACGGCGAGUUUAACCUCAAUCCUCACGGUUCCUUUACUAGAGCCUAACAAGGUUAAAGAUGUGGAGUGGCUCAGACAAACCAACUCCUCAAUAGGUUGUGAUGGGGGGUCCGUGUUGGAUCACUUAGUAGAUACGCUUAAUUUCAACCCGGAAAACAUCAUGAAUAUUGAUAAUCAAUAUGAUUAUGAAGUGUUAUUUAACAAUGGUAGCAUUGUGGCUGUGUUCCUCGAGCGUCCGUACCAGAAAUUUCUUGUCAACGAGCGCUGCAAAAGCUUCAGCCGUACCAAAGAGACAUUUACAUUUGGAGGACAAGGUUUUGUUUUUCCAAAAGGCUCUCCACUAGGACGAGACAUAUCGAAUGCCAUUCUUCAAUUGUCCGAGAAAGGAGUGCUAAAAGAAUUGGAGGACAAAUGGUUUCCUACGUCCCCAGAAUGUUUAACUUCCUUGAAUAAUCAAUGUGUUGAGAGAUUAAAUCCACGAGAUUUCUCAGAACUUUUUAUUUUAUAUGCAUGUCUUUCUGGCUUGUGUCUCUUCUUAUGCCUAGUCCGUUAUAUUAAGAGAUAUCAAGACAAUGCAAUUACACUUGUUGUUAGGAAUUUCAAUAGCUGGAUGAUUAUGUUUGCACAAUAUAAUGGUCGUGAAAAGAAUCGAAAUUCUCAGAUUAGUCAGAUAUCCCUUGUCCCUUGUUGUAUUUACAAAUGCAGCACAACCAGAUGAUUGGAUAGUGAGAAGCUCGGAACCAUCCAUCCAUCCUAUCACUACAAAGUAAAAGUUUGUUAUAUAAGUGUAUGAAUACCAUAUAAUUUGUUUUGAAAAAUUUGUCAGAGCCGUUGCUUGAUCUGAAAGAUAAUAAGUUAUAUCCGUCUCAUACUA